GUAACACAGCGCAGGAGCAGCCCAUCCGCUCUCAGGCUGAGCCCAACCCCUCGUGCCUGACGUCACCGCCAGUUCGUAGAGGAGCCGCCCCUACACACUGUGAGCCGUAGCCCCUCCCACCUGAUCAGAGGGCCGGCCGAUGUGAUUGGUGACAGGAAAGAUGGCGGCGCCCUUGGUGAGAGCUGCGAUGAGGCCGGUGUGUGGAAGGCAGCUGAGCACUGCAGUUUCUUUAUGCCGACGAGCUGCUCCUCUGGGCCCUCUUCCCAAUGACCAGUUUCAGGGUAAGGACUUGGACUCCUUGAAAAAAUAUCGCAGCUUCAAGAAGUAUUACAAACAAGCUGACGUAGAGAGCAAGAAGACUUUCUGGUGGAGAACGUACAGACAGUUUCUGCAGAAAGAUGACAGUAUAGAGAAGGUUGACAUUGGAAUCCCCUACCUAUCACCUUCUACAACUGAAAGGCAGAAGGCCCGGACGCAGAUGAUGAAGGCAAACCACAGCAAUGCAGAGCUAGAAAGAGCAUCACGUCACCGCACACUGCAGGUUCCGUUGGAUGAAGUUCGAGCAGAAUGGGAACGGACAUGUGGUCCUAUACACAUACAGGGAGUGGCAGAGCAUUAUGGAGUAUAUACAGAUCUUUUUGGAGAGGCCACAUUUGUUCCUAGAGUGUCACUGCGUAUUCAGUACAAUACUGGAGAAGAUAUGGUGAUGCCUAUCUACUAUGGGAAUGUGGUGACUCCUUCAGAGACUACACUGGCCCCAGAUGUGAUGUUUGAGGCAGAGGAAGGAACAUUGUGGACUCUACUACUUACUAAUCCAGAUGGCCACCUGAGGGAGACAGACUCUGAAUAUGUGCACUGGCUGGUAGGAAAUAUUCCUGGAAAUCAGGUACUUUCUGGAGAUGAGGUCUGCCACUACUUUCCUACAUUUCCUGCUAAAGGCACUGGAUACCAUAGACACAUAUUUAUCCUCUUUAAGCAAGAAGAGCACAUUGAUUUCAGGGAGGAGUUACGACCAAACCCAUGUCACAGUCUUAAGAUGAGAACCUUUAAGACGUUUGAUUUCUACAGAAAAUAUGAAGAUAAGAUGACUCCAGCAGGGCUGGCCUUCUUCCAGUGCAAAUGGGAUGAUAGUGUAACCAAUGUUUUCCACCAUUUACUAAACAUGAAGGAACCUAUUUUUGAACACCAGUUCCCCCCAGUCUAUCACCCACCACAAGUGAAAUUCCCACAUGGCCAGCCCCUAAGAUACUUGGACCGAUACCGGGACUCUAAUGAGCUGACAUAUGGGAUAUACUGAUAAAGGAUACCAGGCCAACUGGAAUUUUUUUUUUGUUUUGCUCCAGAGUUAAUACCACAUGAUUGAACGUUUCUGUCCGUGUCAUUGUAAACACUGGAGUUUCUCAUUGCAUUUUCUAUUAGUCUACUUUUUAAUGAAAAUGUUAACAUUCAGCUUGUGAAUAUGGUACUUCCUGGUGAUUCCAUGGUCAAUGAACGCAAUACAUUUGCUGUCUUCAGUUGAA